CGAAAAUACGGCCGUUAAGAAUCUUGCAAAAGCACGAUUGUAAGUUUGUAACAACUUCAAUCUUUAGAGAGAAAAAGGAAGACGAAAUCAAAGCAAAACUAGGAAACCAGGAAAAAGAAAGAAAGAAGAAAACACAGAAAGGAGUCUUUGUUGAGUGUUUCACAAUGAAAAAUCAGUCGCUGUGUAGCGGCCUUCCUUAUGCUUGUGAUACAGCAAAAAAUACCUUGUGCCCUUCAACAAAUCCAUCUCGGCAGUGAAAAAGUGUCAGAGGUAGGACAGGCUCACUGGUCAAAAAUUUCUUUGCAGCUUAAUGGUUCUAGAAGAUCAUCAGAGGUUUCUGGAAUUUCUUCUUUCCAUUUGAGGAACAUUGACCAGAGGUGUGCCAUUGUGACAUUCCCUACAGUUGAAUCUGAUGGGCAGUGGAGAAUUGUUGCACUUCCCUUGCAAUAUUUUGAUCACACAAACCAUUUCGGAUCUAGAAACCAGGUGAAUAUGAAUGACCUGCAUUUAGUCUCCUCUGUAUCUAUCAAUUCAUUUAUGGUUGAUGGACGGAAGCCGCAGAAAGGGCCUCAACCUGCGAAGCCAUUUAGAGGCAGAAGCUUUUCUGGAUCCAAUGUCCAACAUCAAUUUCACAACAAGACCUUUGCCAAUGAAGGAACUAAAUUUAAUGAAGUGUCAAACAAUGCUUCCUAUCAUAGCUCCAUCACUUGCAAUGAUUCCUCUGCUGUUAUAUCAAAAGAAUUUAACGCUACUAAUCCACUAGCCAUGUUCAUCAAUCCUUCUGAGGAAGACAAGUCUAAAAAGAGAAAUUCACAAAAGAGGGCAAAAAUGAAGGGAAAACAUAAAAAGAAUCAGCUGUGUGAUGUUGGCUCCACAGAAUCAGAAGUUUAUUCUCAGUAUACCCGUGGAAGUUCAGCAUCUGAAAUCUGUGUUGAUUUUGCAGACAGCAGCAAUGAUACUGUUACAAGUUCUUGUUCACCAAAUAUAAGCACACCUGACAUCGAUGAAGUGGAUAUAUCACAAGUUGUACCCUCUGAAGGUCAGAAGUUCCCUAGGGAGCAUCAUACAAAUAACUAUGAAAUGGGUAGAGAGGAACAGCAACUUUCCAGAUGUCAAGGAAAUAAAGAGAGGAAACAUCUUUCACAUAUGGGCUCUCUUGACGAUUUAAAUCCUAAAGAUUUCUCUGUUGUGCAUGAUUCUCUGGAUUCUGUUUCUUCUGGUUUGAACCGUGAAGACGGUACAAAUUCUGUUAUUCUUCACCCAUUUAACAAGAACAUCCUUGAAAUCUGUCAAUCGGAGCUAUCAGGUUCUGGUACAAAGAAAGGGUGCUCCUAUCAUCAAAACACAUUAUGUAGCACUAUACAAACCCAAGAUUAUAUGGAGGAAAGCCAGCAUGGACGAAUGGUUGCAUCAAACAAAAGGGAUAAGCAAUUUAAAUCUGUUCCUGUGAGUUCUGUUACUUUCAGACCUGGAAAUAUUGGAAACUAUUAUAGUCGAAGGGGAACUGAAAACAGUCAUUCUGUCUGGCAAAGGGUUCAGAAGAAAGCUGUAGAGAAAUGCAACACAGAGUUGAAGAAAACAAGGCCCUUCUCCUCAGAGUUUGAUGUUUCUUUAAAUGGUGCUCCUGUUCUGAAAAGGAAUCCUAAUGAUGUCAAUGAUAAGAAGUCAAAAAGUAAGGUUCCUAGGAAGUUGAGAAGAAAAGUUGGUCCAGCAUCAAAAGAAGAGAAAAACAGUUUAUCCUGGAAGGAGUCUCAUCCGAACAAGGUUGAUUGUCCAAGGGUUGGGACCAUGAAAUCUGAAUUAGUUGACAACUUUCAAGCAGGUCCAAGUGGCAUAGAACCAUGUGACAUUGUCUGUGGGACUGCUUUUGGUUUGAAUAAUCUGUGCAUAGAGAAUCAAAACAACAUAAUGCAAAAAUCAUUCGUCCCUUUGGAUCAGCCAAACUUGCUUGAGGUGCAAAAUCCAGUUUAUCUCUCUCAUCUGAUGGUGAAUGGUGUUGCUCAAACAGAAAAAGGAAUUUCUCUUGCUGAAAAUGCUAAGCAAAGCCAUAAUUCGGGCUCUGUUCUGCAGAAAUGGAUACCUAUUAGGAUAAAGGAUUGUGGAUUGAUAACAUCUGUUAGAUCUGCCAAUUUGUCUUUGGAACAUACUAAUGGGCCAGAUGCUGAAGACUGGAUUUCCAAAAAUACUUUUGAAGAGAAUGUUUAUCCUUACUCUGAAAAUAUUUCUUCUCUGAGUUCUGGAACACUGUGUAGGACUGGGAAGGACUCGGGACAAGAAAUUAGUUCUCACGAAGGCGGGAACCAUAUUCGAAAAUUGUGGAAUCUUAAUUCUUGUGUAAAUGAAAAAGAAAAUGAAAACAAGCAUAGUGGGGCUAAUUUCUUUAUUGAUGAUGAAACGAAAGAACAAGAUUUAUCAGCAGCUGCAACUGAUUUAAACAAGAUAGCAAAGGCAUUGAAUGAUGCCUAUAGGGCACAAAUGGCAUCUGAAGCUGUUCAGAUGGUCACUGGGUGUCCCAUUGCCGAGUUUGAAAGGCUUCUUCACUUUUGUUCUCCAGUUAUUUGUCACUCAUACAGUUCAGUAGGCUGUCAAACUUGCUUUCUGGACCAGGUUCCUAGUGCUCUAUUGUGUAGACAUGAGAUACCGAACAUCCAACUGGGAUGCCUCUGGAAGUGGUAUGAGAAACACGGAAGCUAUGGAUUAGAAAUAAGGGCAGAAGAUCAUAAAAAUCCAAAAGAAUUGGGUAUUGAUCAAUUUGCAUUUCGUGCCUACUUUGUUCCAUACUUGUCAGCAGUUCAACUCUUCAGGAACAGUAAAAAUAAUUCCACACGGAAUAACACCAGAAUUUCUUCUCCUGCUGUUUCUGAAGAUUCUGAUACUUGUUCCACUUCAAGAAACUCUGCUACUGUUGGUCACCGUCCGAUAUUUUCAGUACUUGUUCCACAGCCUUGCGCUGCAGAACCAAGUAAUCAGUUGCAAGUAAAUGAUGUGGUUAGAUCAGAACCGUCUGCAGUUUCUCCUGAAGAUGCGUUGCCUGUUAAAUCGGUUGACCUUACACAGUCUGAUUGUCUUGAUCUGGCUUUUGAGUACUUUGAAUCUGAACAGCCUCAACAAAGACAGGCAUUAUAUGAAAAGAUACAAGACCUGGUUAGAGAUGAUCUAUCUUCUCUGUGCAAAAUGUAUGGGGAUCCAGUUUAUUUGAACUCCAUAAAUAUACAUGAUUUGCAUCCUCAAUCAUGGUAUUCUGUUGCUUGGUAUCCUAUUUACAAAAUUCCAGAUGGGAAUUUCCGUGCAGCCUUUUUGACUUACCAUUCACUUGGCCAUUUGGUUCGUAGAAGUUCCAAGUUUGAUUACCCUAGUGUGGAUGCAUGUGUAGUAUCUCCUGUUGUAGGUCUUCAGAGUUACAAUGCUCAGGGUGAAUGCUGGUUCCAGCCGAGGAACUCUACAACAAUGAUACUUGUGAAAACCAGGGCUUAAAUCCAUCCGGAUUACUGAAGGAGCGAUUAAGGACGCUUGAGGAGACUGCAUCUCUUAUGGCAAGGGCAGUUGUCACCAAGGGAAAUAAGACAUCGGUUAACAGGCACCCUGAUUACGAGUUCUUUUUCUCAAGGCAGCAAUAGUUAAUUUCCUGCAACUCAACAAAUAACCUCUUUAGGCUUAUUCAGUUAAUUCAGCAAUGUCCAGGUAGAAACUAACCUUAACAUAGUGUUCUUUGGUCAGUGGAUUUCGGUACAGUUGUUUGUAUGUUUUCAUUUUGAAUGAAUGUUAGUCUUCACUUUUUCAUAUAGGGUGAUUGCGUAUCUUUUAUGCGGACCGCAAAAUAAUGUAUAUA